AUGGAUUCUAGAACAAAUGAGGAAGCUGAAGAAAACCCAAAGCCUGAGGUUUCUGAAUCGUUGUUGAAAAAUGGUGGAGAGAACGACAAGUUGGGGGAGAGCAAUAGGUGUGCGAGCAGCAAAGACAUGUUGUUUAGAGCUGAUAAAAUUGAUCUCAAAAGCUUGGAUGUGCACUUAGAGAAGCACCUGAGCCGAGCUUGGUCAAGAAGUGUAGAACCUAAUAGGCCUAAGGAACCGUGGGAGAUCGAUUUGGCUAAGUUGGAAAUAAGGUAUCUCAUUGCUCGAGGAACGUACGGUACUGUUUAUCGUGGCAUUUAUGAUGACCAAGAUGUUGCGGUGAAACUGUUGGAUUGGGGUGAGGAUGACAUGGCAACUACAAUGGAACUGGCUGCUUUACGAGCGUCAUUCAAGCAAGAAGUUGCUGUUUGGCACAAGUUAGACCAUCCGAAUGUUACUAGAUUUGUUGGCGCUUCAAUGGGGACUUCAGAUCUCAAGAUUCCUACUACAAACUCAGCUGACGGUCCGAAUGAACAACUUCCAUCGAAGGCUUGUUGUGUGGUCGUAGAAUUUCUCACGGGUGGAACCCUAAAAGGCUUACUAUACAAGAAUAGAAGGAAGAAGCUUCCAUACAAAGAUGUGAUUCAACUUGCUUUAGAUCUAUCUAGAGGACUGAGCUACCUCCAUUCAAAGAAGAUUGUGCAUCGCGAUGUUAAAGCUGAAAAUAUGCUAUUAGAUGCUAAUAGAAACCUAAAAAUUGCCGAUUUUGGUGUUGCUCGAGUUGAAGCUCAGAAUCCCAAAGACAUGACGGGUGAAACUGGAACCCUAGGUUACAUGGCUCCUGAGGUUCUUGAAGGAAAGCCUUAUAACAGAAAAUGUGAUGUAUACAGCUUUGGUGUAUGCUUAUGGGAAACUUAUUGUUGUGAUCUGCCAUACCCGUUUCUCAGUUUUGCUGAAAUUUCAUCAGCUGUGGUUCGACAUAAUUUGAGGCCAGAAAUACCAAGAUGCUGCCCAAGUUCUUUAGCAACCAUAAUGCGGAAAUGUUGGGAUGCAAAUGCAGAUAAGCGACCUGAUAUGGAUGAAGUUGUGAAGUUACUAGAGGCCAUUGAUACCAGCAAGGGUGGAGGUAUGAUACCCGAAGAUCAAGUUGCCAGGUGUUUCUGCUUUGGCCCAAUUCGAGGUCCAUGA